GAAACCAGAAUGGAAAUGGAUAUGUAACAUAGGAAACUAUACUUUAGGGGGCUGGUCUUAAAAAUUGUGUAACUGAGCUAUAUAAGCAGCUAACAGUAUGUGCAUAUUAUGUAUUCGGAACAGUUAAAAGAGGAUGCGGUAGCUCGGUAUUUUUUUUAUGUAAGGGUAGAUUUAGUUAGCCCUAAUACUCUGCAUCAUCAAUUUUUUUGUAAUACAGAGCGGUGAUAGUGACAUUUGAUAACAUACCGGCAAAUUGUAACAGUGUCAAGCUAAUUCGUUCUGAAAGACUGUGGCAUCCUUUUUUGCCCAUAUUAAAAAUCGCCAUUUUUAAUGCGCUAAUAUUUAUAUUUUAAGCGCUAAUAAUAAUAGCCUAUAUAUUUUUUUGCGCUUAAACGUUUGUAAUGAUGGGAGUUGGAGCUGAGAACACGACUACGACCUUAUCUACUAAGUUUGCAUUGCAGCAGCUUGGAGAGGGAAAAGAGGAGGUAGAUCUCGCCAAGAUGACACCCGGCAAUGCUGAAGCCAUGAGGCUGGCAAUGGCUGAACACCCGGCAACGGAACCAAGAGAAACGUGGGGUCGACGUAUGGAGUUCGUGCUCGCCUCUAUCGGUUAUGCGGUGGGUUUGGGGAACGUGUGGCGCUUUCCGUACCUGUGCUACAGGAGUGGAGGAGGUGCUUUCUUGAUUCCCUACUUUAUCAUGUUGUUUCUCUGUGGUAUCCCACUGCUGUUCAUGGAGUUCACCAUUGGGCAGUACACCCGUCUAGGGCCGGUCCAUGCUCUGGCUAAAAUAUGUCCCCUCUUCAAAGGUGUGGGGCUUGCCACAGUGGUGAUUUCUUACGUGCUCUGCACCUACUACAACGUGCUCAUGACCUGGGCUCUCUACUACCUGCUUCACUCGUUCAGCCCCUCGUUGCCGUGGCAAUCCUGCAACAACACGUGGAAUGCAGUUGGCAACUGUUCCACUGGUUUUCCUGGCAAUGCCACACAUCUGCAAUCAGCCAGUCAACAGUUUUUCGAUCAUAAGGUCCUAGAAAUGACCACCGGGAUUGAGCACGCUGGAGGGAUUCGCUGGGAACUCUUUGGCCUCCUAGUCCUGGCCUGGGCCGUUGUUUAUUUCUGUAUCUUUAAAGGGGUCAAAUCCACUGGAAAGGUUGUGUACUUCACUGCCACGUUCCCUUAUUUCAUACUAUUUGCAUUGCUGAUCAAUAAUGUCCAGUUGCCUGGAGCAAAAGAUGGUAUCCUCUUCUUCCUCAUGCCAAAUUGGAGUAAACUCUUGGAAGUCCAGGUGUGGGUCAAUGCUGCUGCUCAGAUAUUUAACUCCAUUGGCAUCUCCUUUGGUUCUAUGAUAUCUAUGGCCAGUUACAACAAGUACAACAACAACAUCCUUAGGGACACAUUUAUCGUCUCUCUGGCUAAUUCAGCCACUAGUAUCAUAGCCGGCUUUGUUAUUUUCUCUGCUAUCGGGUACAUGGCCCACAUUCACAACCUACCUGUAGAUGACAUUGCCACAGAUGGGCCUGGUCUGGUGUUUGUGGUAUAUCCUGAGGUGUUCUCCACCAUGCCGAUUUCUCAGCUCUGGGCUCCUCUGUUUUUCAUCAUGUUACUCUGCCUCGGACUGGACAGUCAGUUUGCCAUGGUGGAAGUGGCUGUAACGUUCAUCAUGGAUGGCUUUGGCAAGAAAGCUUUGAGAGUUUUUAAGAGGAAGGAGCUGAUUGUUCUGGCAGUGUGCAGCAUUGGCUUUCUGCUGGGGAUUCCUCACAUUACCAGGGGUGGGAUAUAUGUGUUUCAGCUGAUGGAUCACUACACAGCUGUGGUGUCUCUAAUGUUUCUGGCCUUCUUCGAGGUGCUCGCCGUCACUCUCAUAUUCGGAGUGAGACGGCUCAGUGUAAUGGUGGAGAAAAUGCUGGGAAAGAAACCAAACAUCUUCUUCCGUGUCUGCUGGCAGUUCCUGUCACCCAUGCUUGUGCUGGGUAUUCUGAUCUCCAGUAUUUUUCAGUAUACUCCAGCUCGAUACGGCAAGUCUUACACUUACCCGCUCUGGGCAGAGGUGGUCGGCUGGUUCAUCUCUCUUGCCUCCAUCAUCUGGAUUCCACUUGGAGCUCUACAUGAGCUUUGGACCACCGAAGGGUCUCUGCUGCAGAGGUUGAAAAAGUCCAUAACUCCAACUGUAGAUUUGGAGCCUCUUUCAGAGAAACCAUCUUCUGAGUCCAUUGCGCUGUUUACUGCUACUUAGACACCUGCGUCUGUGUGUUCUUAAUAUGUUUACUCAUUAGAAGUGCAAAGUAGUUCUGCUUAAACUGUAAAAAAAUCAUUUUAUUAUGUUUUUACUAAUAUUUAUAUUGUGUUUAUUGCAUUUAAAAUGAAUGCUGAAAAGUACAAACAUCAAAAUGGUCCCAGAUUUACAAAAUGGCAUUAAUAUUGAUCUUUUUUUUUUACUUAUUGAAUUACUUUUUUUACAUAUAUUUAUUUGAUUAUUUGACAGAUUUGUAAUGUAAAAAAAAAAAAGUCAGUCUUUAGUAAUUUUAUGCACAUUUUUCUUCAAGUAAAGAAAUGUGACAUAAAAUAUGACAUUCAGUGAGAGAUAAAUGGCAAGAAUUUUAGUUGGUUUUCUCCGUUCGCCUUGUUGUAUUAUAUAUUUGAAUAGAUUAAUUUUUAGGGCUGAUGAAAUGAUGUUAAGAAUAUUAGGCUCAACAUACUUGAUUUUACAAAACUUCAUUUCAAAAUGUUUCCAUGAAACUCUUUAAUUCCAUGUCAGCAUCAAUUUAUUGUGGUACAAAAACAUUCACCCUCAUAGGCUUUAGCACAGAUCAGAAAGAGCUUUUCAGAUGCCUUUGUGUUAACAGAGGUUAAAUGAACUGAGCAACUUAUUUACAGCUUUUUAUGACGCAUGCAGGUUUUGCCCUCUACUUUGUUACUUGAACUGUGGCACAUAUUCUAAAGCAUACAUAGAUGGUUGAGUAGUAAAAACAUUUUUGCCCAAGUUUACGGAUAAAAUGGGAGAAAAGGAAAGGUUGUAAGUAAAAAUGUGUGUGCCCUUUUUAAUACGCACUUUCUGAUGACACCUUUAAGGCCUAUGCAUUCUGAUAUUGAUAGAGAAAAAAUCAUGUUUACUAUUUUUAAUUUUAGUAUUCACUAUUUUGUAAUUUAGAGUAAACUGAUUUUUUUUUUUUAAGUAAGCCAAAGUUUAUAUCAGUGUCCAUGACACUAAAAUGAGAGGCAUAUUUAGAAAUAAAACAGUUUGUUUAAAAUGCGCAAUGUUCAAACUAGUGAUUUAUAAAUCAGAGAUAGUGUCCACUGAAGAAUUGACAAGAAAAUACAACACAAUACAGUUGUCAUAGUAAUCAGUAAUAAUUAGUAAUAAUCUGUGAACACUGUCUUUAUUAGUUGUACCAAACCAUAGCACUGCUGUUAUUGUUCAAUGUAUGUAUAUUAUUGUCAUAUGUCAUCUUUUUUUUGUUAUCUCAAAAUGUAGAUACCACAGAAGAAUAAUCAUUCAUAUUCAAACAGUUGUUCUCUAUUGUGUCAUCAUUGACAGACUAUAAAGAUAAACACUUUUUAUAUAUUUAAAAUGCCAUUUUAUGUCAUGACUGGCAGUUUCAUAUGCAAGUGGUCUUAUCAAAAUAAAAAGCUUUACGUUGUCA